AUGUCUGUUCAGCUUAUUAGAAAGGCAGUGCCUGGUGUGGACGAAGCCAUUGUUGAGUAUGUCGAUGGCUAUUUAAGAGAAAACGACUUUGAAGACGAUGAAGAUGCUAUUGCUGACUUUGUCAAACCUAUUUUGCUUGAUGCAGGUGGCGAUGAAGACAAAAUCAAUAAACUAUGUGAACAUUUGACUCAAGUCCUCUUAUCCAACAAAAAGGCAACAGCACCGGCCAAGCUAUCUAAAUUAGAGCACUCUGUGACCAUUGGUAAUCAGAGUGGGUUAUCAGCUACUGUUAGUCUAGGCCGAGGUAGUGUUGAUUUAGAACAUGCUUCAGGUCGCCGUGUUCAAAGUCAAGUCAACCAAGAAAAGUUGCGUAAAGCAGAAGCCAAGAUUGCUGCCAAGAUGGCCAAGCGUAAUGAAAAGAACAAUACACGAGUAGAAUAUGAAGCUUCUCGCUUAUUGAACGAACAAAAGGCCUUGCAAGACGAAUACAAAAUGUACAACCCUAUUUUGGAUUAUACUUCUACCAAGGGAAAGAACAAGGAUAUCAAGGUCGAGAAUUUCGAUAUUUCUUUUGCUGGCCGUCGUAUCUUGACAGAUGCCAAUUUGACACUUGCUUUUGGAAGACGUUAUGGUGUGGUGGGUAAGAACGGUAUUGGUAAAUCCACCUUGUUGAAAGCCAUGUCUCGCCGUGAAAUUGCUGUUCCUCAACAUAUUUCUAUUCUUUAUGUUGAACAAGAAGUACAUGGUGAUGAUACACCUGCUAUUGAAAUGGUGCUUCGUGCUGAUGUCUGGCGUGAACAUUUGCUUGAAAAAGAACGUGACUUAUCUUCUAGAAUCACAGUGAUUGAAGAACAAGCUGUUGAUGAAUUGACUGAAGAAGAAAAGAAGAAGUUGGAGGCUGAAAAAGACCAAUUGAAUACUGAACUGAAGGAAGUCUUUAGCAAGUUGUCUGAUAUUGAGAGUGAUAAGGCUGAAUCCAAGGCUUCUGCUAUUUUGGCUGGUCUUGGUUUUGAUGCUGAACAACAAAAGAGACCCACUAAGGAAUUCUCUGGUGGUUGGAGAAUGAGAAUCUCGCUUGCCCGUGCCUUGUUUUGUCAACCUGAUGUUCUUAUGCUUGAUGAACCUGAUAACAUGUUGGAUAUUCCUGCUAUUGUAUGGUUAGAAAACUAUCUUCAAACUUGGCCAAACACCUUGCUUGUUGUUUCUCACGACAGAGAGUUUUUGGAUGAAGUGGCUACUGAUAUUUUGUAUAUGCACUCUGAGAAAUUAGAUUACUAUAAGGGUAACUUUACUAACUUCCAUGCCACUAAAGAAGAACGUCGUAAGGCCCAAUUUAAGGAAUACGAAUCUCAAUUACAAUACCGUAAGCAUCUCCAAGACUUUAUUGAUCGCUGGAGAUACAAUGCUAAGCGUGCUCCUCAAGCACAAUCCAAGAUCAAGAUUCUGGAGAAAUUGCCUGUCCUUGAGCCACCAGAAGAUGAGAAGCUUAUUACUUUCCAAUUCCCUGAUCCUGAUGCUCUUUCUCCUCCUAUCCUUCAAAUGGAUGAAGUCACUUUUGGCUAUAAGCCUGAAAAGACCAUUAUUCGUAAUGUAAAUAUCGACUUGAGAAUGGACUCUCGUAUUGCUAUUGUCGGUCCUAAUGGUGCUGGUAAAUCCACCAUGUUGAAGUUAUUGACAGAAGAAAACAAGCCUUCUUCAGGUACUGUCCAUAGAAAUGGUCGUCUUCGCAUUGCCUACUUUACACAACAUCACAUUGAUCAACUUGAUCUUACAAAGAAUGCUGUUGGCUUUAUGGCUGAUCGUUUCCCAGGCAAAACAGAAGAAGAAUACCGACGCCAUUUGGGUUCAUUUGGUAUCACUGGUAUGGUGGGUCUUCAGACUAUGAAGACACUUUCUGGUGGUCAAAAAUCCCGCGUUUCUUUUGCUUGCCUUAGUAUGCAAAACCCUCAUAUUUUGGUUCUCGAUGAACCUACCAAUCACUUGGAUAUGGAAUCCAUGGAUGCUUUGCAAGAUGCUUUAGCUCGCUAUAAGGGUGGUGUUAUUAUUGUCUCUCACGAUGAAAGAUUCAUUAACACUGUCUGUAAUGAAAUCUGGAUCUGUGAAGGUGGUGUGCUCAAGAAGUUCUCCGGUACUAUUAAGGAUUACAAGGCCAUUAUUUGUCCUAAAGAUGCCCCUUAA